UUGAUUUGUAAGUUUGACAGAUAGUACGGUGUUGCCGACGACGCACUUAAAAUUUGCAAAAUGGAAAUCUGAUCAUUCGUGGGGCAUUAGGCGACACUGUGUUUUAAGAAAAAUAAAAUUUUUUAUAGGUUACAUGUCAAUUAAUGGCGAAGAAAGAAGAUACCUGAAUUAAAUUGGGGAUCUCUAACAAUACAUUGUCUUUUGUCCACAAAAACAGGAGAGAUGGAAUUCGCCGAGUUGAUUCUGGUGCCAAAACUGGAUGGUGUGGUAAUGCGUGCACCAUUUCAAGCACCUGUUGAUGGAACUCUGUGUAUUACUGGUCAUCAUAUGAUACUUUCUUCACGAAAAGAAGGCGUGGAAGAAUUAUGGUUAUUGCAUCAUAAUAUAGACAUUGUUGAACGGAAACCUAAUGGUCUACAGGGAGGAGUCUUGAAUAUCAAGUGUAAGGACUUUAGAAUAAUUCAACUAGAAAUCAAUUCCACUGAUGAUUUUACUAAGGUGGCUUUUUCUAUAGAAAAGCUGUCUUCCAUUGAGGAACCAACACUUCAUUAUCCAUUUUUCUACCGUCCGAUGUAUCCUAUACUGGAAGAUGGUUGGACAGCAUUCCGACCAGAAACUGAAUUUUCAAAACUUGUUACAACAUUGUCUGAAGAAUGGCGCAUCAGUUAUAUAAACAAAGAUUUUAAUAUUUGCCCAACGUAUCCUAGUGCGGUUGUAGUGCCAAAAACCAUUGAUGAUGAAACUAUUGCUAUAGCAGCCAGUUUUCGUGAUAGUGGGCGUUUUCCAGUAUUAAGCUACAGGCAUGAAGGUGGGAGUGUUCUCAUGCGCAGUAGCCAACCAAUGACGGGACCAAACUCAAAAAGAUGCAAGGAAGAUGAAAGACUGAUCAAUUCAGUGCUUGGACCAGGAAAACGAGGUUACAUAAUUGAUACAAGGACACAAACAUUGGCACAAACUGCAAAGUCUCGAGGUGGAGGAUUCGAGGUUGAAAUAUACUACCCUCAGUGGCGUAGAGUUAAUAAACCAAUUGAUCGACACCAUGUUCUUCUUGAUAGUCUCACAAAACUUGUUGAAGCAUGCAAUGAUACUUCCACAUCCAUGGAUCGUUGGCUGUCACGCCUGGAGUCGUCUAACUGGAUGUCACACAUCAAGGAUACACUAAAUUGUGCCUGUCUAGUUGCACAGUGUCUUGAUCAGGAAGAAGCUUCUGUACUUGUUCAUGGUUCUGAAGGGAUGGAUGCAACCUUAUUAGUUACUUCAUUGGCACAAGUAAUUCUUAAUCCUGAUUGCCGGACAGUGCGAGGGUUAGAAGCACUGAUAGAAAGGGAAUGGCUGCAAGCUGGUUAUCCGUUCACAGUCCGUCACAGCAAAUCCUGCUAUGCAGCUAACAGUAGCAGUCGCACUAAAGGGCAUGCACCAACAUUUCUACUGUUCCUAGACUGUGUAUGGCAAGUGCAUCAGCAAUUUCCAUGUAGUUUUGAGUUCAGUCCUUACUUUCUCAUCAUGCUCUUUGAGCACUCAUACUCAUCACAAUUUGGUACAUUUGUAGGUAAUUGUGAAGCAGAGCGGGUACAGUUGAAACUUGCAGAGCGCACUGUCAGUCUGUGGUCAUAUGUUAACAGGCCUGAUGUUCUGCAGUCAGUGCUUAACCCAAUGUAUGAACCCAACAGUAGAGUAAUUUGGCCCUCAGUUGCACCAGUAAGCUUGGCUUUGUGGUCUGAGCUGUAUCUUCGAUGGGUGGUGGAUCAAGGACCACAAAAAGCUGCAUGGCGGAAGAUAACUCAACUGCGACAAAGGGAAGCAGAACUUCGUUUGGAAGCUGGAAGAUUACGUCGUCAGUUAGCUGAUCUGCAACGUGAAGCAAUUACUGCUGGUAUACUUUAAGUACCAAUGUUGUAAAAAGGGGGAGCUACUGUAUAAAAUUAUUUACUCACUUACUGCUAUUAUUAGUAAAGAUAAUGGACUAGCUGCAGCCAUCUGAGCUUCAUAGAGCUUUUUGCAAACUUAGUAAUGAAUGGUUAUAAAUGAAACUUCUUGCACUUUCAUAUCAUAUACCAUGUGCACUUGGAUGAUGGCUAAGAUCAAUUUAAGUGAUGCAUUUCAAAGAACAGUAAGUGUCUUUUUGUCACAGAAUGUUGCGUGAUAAAUAUAGACUAAAUUGAUAUUUUAACUGCAACUUUAGCAGAAUCUAGUAUUUUCUAUUUCAUUGUCAACUAAAAUAAAUACCUGAGCAACUGUAAAGUGGGUUACCUAAACCUUUUUUGUAAUAUGAUGUGGUUGCUUAUAUAACAUCAAGCCAGAGAUACUUCCCAGUCUUUCAUUACAAAUUUAUUUGUUUUGUUAUAAAAUGGAACAAAUAACAGAAAAUAAAGUAUAUUUUCAUUGUA